UGCUCGGGUUAAGGAUCCCGCCAAUAAAAAAAUAAAAAAAUAAUACAUAUACAAAUAUUGGUCGGUCACGCCAUUUGGCAGCUAUCAUGCUUCUCGUCACCGAUCUUUGAAACCCUCAACUUUCCGCAAUCUCUUCUUCUGCGUUAUCCUCAAUGGAGUCCUCAUCAAACCCCAGCAUCAUCGAAGAGGACGAGGAACUUUUUCGAUUCCUCGACGCACCAGACGAAUUUUAUUACGAUUGCUUGCCGCUAAUCCGUCGCGAUUCCCGCCGUCAAUCGUCGUCUCUCUCGGGUAAUCCCUCCGCCGCGAGUCUCCGGCGGAGAAUGUCGGCACCUCGACGGAAUCUGAUAUGCUCCGAUGCUGAAUCGGAGACGUCUUCUUCCUCUUCCAAUGGAUUUGAAUUCGUUGGGAAAUCGAGUUAUGUGGAUAAGGGAGACGAGCUCAAGGGGGAUUUCGAAUCAAGCGAGAAUGAUAGCGACGUAAUUGAAUCAACGAAGGACCUAAUUGACGUAUCUCCAGAGAAAGAGAACGACUUGGUUGUGAUUAUGGAUGAAACUGUUUCGGGUUCGGACCGGGUUGACCCGUUUCAGGAAGGUAAAAGCUUUUCUGGAGAGAAAACCGAAGAAUCCUCGGUGACCACCGUGGGAGAUGAUCGAGAAGAAGAAGAAGACUACGCUGGAUCGGCACCGCAGCAGCUCCGGGAGCCAAAUUCUCCAGAUUCGUCAGUCCUGGGGUUUUUGGUUGGUCUAGUGUUCAAAGCAAUCGAAUUUCAAGUCAAUCUGAUGAUAAGCUUUGUCAAGUUUCCUCCAUGGUUGCUCAAGUGGUGCUUUCUCAUCGCUUUUGACCCCUUUAGCACAAUGAAGCUUGGCAGACGCUUUUUAACGACAAGAGUUGGUGUGAUGAGUGAUAUGAUAUUGGGAACCUUUAAGCUGAGUUGGUUAAAAGAUCCCAAACGAAUGCUGGACAUUGCGUGCAAGUUUGGGUCUGGUGUGUUUUGGGCUGUUUAUGUUGGCAUCGUGUUGUUUGCCUUGUUGGCUUUGUCCCUUAUGCUUGGUGGGUUUAUGAUAAACCGUGUAGCAGAUAAACCAUUUGUGGUCAAGGAGAUCUUGAAUUUCGAUUACACCAAGAACAGUCCUGAAGCGUAUGUGCCCAUAACCUCGUGUGCUGGUGUUGCUUGUGAUGGAAGCUGCAAAGAAAGUAACGAAAUGUGGAAGAUCAGGGGAUUGCGAGCUAUCCCUCGAGACCACAAGUUGGAGAUCACUCUUUCAAUGACGUUACCUGAGUCUGCCUACAAUAAAAACCUCGGAAUGUUUCAGAUUCGGGUGGAUUUCUUAUCUGCGGAUGGUCAAACGCUUGCUAGUAUAAGGCGUCCUUGCAUGUUAAGAUUCAGAAGCGAGCCUAUCCGUCUUGUUCAGACCUUCUUCAAGGUGGUUCCGUUGGUCACAGGAUAUGUCUCUGAGAUCCAAACCUUGAGCUUGAAGCUGAAAGGCUUUGCAGAAAAGGACAUUCCCACUGCUUGCUUAAAGAUAAUGAUCGAACAGCGUGCGGAGUUUCGACCCGGUGCAGGUAUUCCAGAGCUGUACGACGCAUCCCUGUCGCUUGAAUCAGAUCUUCCUUUCUUCAAAAAAGUUAUAUGGAAAUGGCGCAAAACUCUGUUCGUCUGGAUCAGCAUGAGUAUGUUCAUUACGGAAUUGCUUUUCGCGUUGAUUUGUUGCAGUCCUCUGAUCAUCCCAAGAACACGACGUAGAGACAGACCGCCUUCGAAUCCGACCGGAAGUAGUUGAUGGAGUCAAUAGCCUGCUGUUAUGUACAUGAUGUUUUGUAACACUCUGAAACGGUAUUUUCACUUCCUGUUUACUUUAGCUCCUUAAAAGUUCUUUGAUUUAAUUGUAAAGUCAUAGUCUACAAAUCAAAGUUGACUCUUAUAUAUGUGUUUAAAUUUAAGAUAUGUUCUGUAAAAUCGAGUGUGAUGAGUAAUAGAAUGGCUACUUUCAGUCUCUCCGCAGAAUCAUUGUGUUGAUACUGAAUAGUAUCUGUGUUGAUAAUCAUUAGUAUCAUC